GUGCGUUAUGUGACUUUUCCUUCAAUACCUAAUGAUUAUGAGACUCGACUCAUUUAUUUUUACGAACGAAUUUAAAUAUCGAAAAUUGCACAAAUUCGAAUGUAGUUUAAAAAAUUCUAUUCCCAUCUCGUGGACUCUAUUCAAAGUUUGAAGCCUGCGAAAGUGACGCGAAGAGGAAAUGAAAACCAGCGAUCAGUCGACGUUGAACAACCGUACGUGAAACAUGUCAGUCGUUAUCAGCACCGAACGAGCGCGGACGGUUUGUAACAAAUCACACGGAUGUUUUUAUACUCUCGUGUCCACCCAGUCUUCGUUAGGACUUUAUCCUUACGAUUCAUAAAAAAAUGUUGAUCUCACGAGUGAUCGCGGAUGCUUAGAGACAAGUGCGCGCAAGAAAUUAAAUUAUUCUUUUCGUUUCGAGUAUCUUCGUAUUCUUACCUAUUUAUUUGGAUCGGAAACGGUUUUACAUCUUUAUUACAUCUCGCGCUUCGAAUUGAAAGUUACGAUGAACGUUUAAAUUAAAUGUAAACUCAGUCGCGUACUUCUAUUAAAAGAAAAUGCGUUUUCGAUCGACUAUUCUCAAGUGGCGCUGACUUUUAUUUAAAUGACAAGCGUCGUACUUGAGAAAAACAGACGUCUCUUAAACGGUGCAAGUCUUUGUACAUCUUUUCCUAUCGACGUCGAGUAUCAGAUGUAUAAUUUAAAAAAUCAUGUACAUGGUAUCAUCGAGUAAUGAUCGUGAAAACGUUGUACGAAAAUAAAUGCCCGAGGAGUGUGAGGAAGUUUUCUGUUAUAAGUCGGCGAGGAAGAGAAGAUACUGGACGAGUUAUUUAUGCGAUCUAUUUUCACACGAGUUGUGUUACCUUAGUGGCCUAAAAAUAUCAGUGAAAUUUGAUUAGGCACAGCUUGAUGCUUUAGUUUUACCUAUUCGAACAUACACGAGAUUGUUAAAGAAACGAAAAUGAAAAAUACCAUUCGCCUUAUACAUUACUGUAGAUAAAACUGAUAAUCUUUUAAAACGCUUGAACAAACGGCGGUUUUAAAUUAUUUUGUGACAUCUCGUGAUGGACAAUCGAACGUUUGGUUCGUAUGUAAAAAAUAUCGAAGAGGACACACGGAAAGUAGUUUUAUCGUCGAAUAAAGACAAUGGAGUUGAUCGUUCCCUCAGAAAAAAUUGUACACCGAUUAAAAUUAAGGAAGAAGAGGUCGGCGAUGAAAUUCAGGAAUACGCAGCGACUACGAUCAGUGAAUUGUUAGGAUGGUAUGGAUACGAUAAGGUGGACAGUGGUUGUACGAGAAGUUUAAAUUUGGAUCAUUUCACAUCCACGUCCGAUAAAAGACAUAGUCAGAUAUUUCAAAUGGAAAAAAAUGUUAUACCCAGCAAGCUGACAUUAAAGUCACCGUCAUUGAACGCAUCUAAUUUAGGUUUCGAAGUUUCUAAUGACAAUUUAAUUCCUAUGAAUAAACAAUUUCGAUCAUCUUCCUUGCCAGUGAAACCGGUAUCUUUCGGUUCUACAUCGAAUUGUAAAUAUUCGUAUGAAACCUUUCCAAGCCGUUCUUAUUCAGAUAAUAUGCCUUGUUCUUGGUGUGGUAGAACUACCAAACCAGGAAAAGGCAGCUCUGCUCCUUAUGUGGUAAAUACAUUGGGACACUUUUGCAGCGAGACAUGUUUCGCAGCUGGUAGGAGAGCAAUUUUUAAGCGUGCAAAAACAUGUGACUGGUGCAGGCAUAUGCAAAAUCCGGUUAGCUAUGCCGAUCUUCAGGAUGGCGAGAGUCAACUUAAAUUCUGUAGCGAGAAAUGUUUGAAUCAAUACAAAAUGAAUAUUUUCUGCCACGAAACGCAAACUCAGUUGAUGCUCCAGGGCUUGAACAAUACCUCUUUUCAUGAUGCAGAAAAAGAGAGCUUAAUAACGCCAGAACUUUGGUUUCGCACUUGUCAAUCACCGUUGGACAAUUCCACAGAGGACACAGUCGAUUUGACCACGUCUAUUUACGAUAGUAAAACGACAAGAAAAGAGCGAAACGAUGCAGAGAAAUUGAUAGAAUCUGAUCAAAAGACGUCCAGAAAAAAGGAUUCGAUGUGUACAAAGAGAAAUGUAAGAGCUAACAAUUGUAAUGAAAGAAGGAAGAAUUUUUAUACAGAACUGAAUAAGCAUAACGAAGAAGUUUCGACAAAUGAAAAGGAUGAGUUGUGUCACUUAGCAAGUGACAGAACUCGUUCGAAAAUAGAUUCUGAAAGAAGCGACUCGCACUAUAAGGAUUUUAAAGAGUGUAACAUGUUGAACUGUAAUUUAAACAAUCGCUGCGGCAAUAUAUUUUUAGAAAAGAGCAUACAUGUAAAAGACAUAAAAAAUUUACAAGAGAAGAGAGAUCUUAAUGUACCAGAAAAUGCAUUACAAUCAUCACCUUGGAUCAUUGAUUCAACUAAAUCUAUGAUACACCGUGGAAUCUCUGAUGUACCUAGGUCCUGUACAAAUGAAUUUAGUCAAACGAAAUACCAAAAUCAUGCUGCUGCAUCUCCAAAAUUUUUAUCGUCUAAGGAGUCCAAUUCAACCGAAUCCUCUGAUUCAUUGCGUACGGCACUCUUGCCCCCUGUUACAAUCCUUGUACCAUAUCCUAUACCUAUACCUGUACCGAUCCCUAUUCCUAUUCCAAUCCCGAUACCGAAAGCAAUCUUUAACAAAUUAAUCCCAGAGAAAGAAGAACCUGUAGUCGUCGAAGACAUAAACUGUAAAAGUGUGGAGUGUAAAGACUCUAUAAAAAACACUUCCUUCUUGUUUGAUAAAUCACAAACGGAUGCGAGAGAUGUAUCAGAUACUGAUCUACAGCGAGCAGCAUUGGAUAAAGUAUGUUGUUCAUCUUCAACGUCCAAAGCCAACGAUAAAAACAGUUUGCAGCAGUUGAAACAAAAUGCAAAACCAUUAAGAAAAAGAAAACGCUCAAUUAAAAUCACGAACUAUGACCAUGAAAAGACUCAGUUAAAAAAACGGAAUAGGUUUAUAGCAGCUUAAAAGACAAUUUAUAGAUAAGAGAUAUUUUUUAAUAAAACGUACGUGCUGUCAAAGAAUUUUCUUAUUUGUAACUAAUAAUUUUAGAACGAUAGCGACUUGAAAAUUGUUUUUCUGUGUGUUUAAUACGUGAGUAGAUGGAUAUUUUAUUGACAUUUUUUAUUUCCGAUGUCCUGCCGCUUUUAUAUUUUUUGUAGAUAAUUUAUAACUAUACAAAUAUACUUUUGUAAUGUACAUAUGGAAAAAACAAGAUUAUACAAUUGAUAAUUGUACAAUAAAAAGAAUAAGUAUAACAAACACCUGUUUCCUACAGAGCGAUUAGAGCUAGCGAAAGACGUUUCAAACGAAAGUUGUUGUAGCCCCAGUUGCCAGAUACAAGAAAGGUCCUUUGCAAUUUUCUUCUAACACUUCAAUUUUAUUUUACAAUGUUAUCAA